AUGCUAACGGGGAGGAUCCUUGUCAUAUUUUUCGGUGUCGACAGGGAAACAUCCCGUAAGGUACUGGGAAAGAAGAGACAUCGGCCGGAGCAACAGGGCUACGAGGACAUGAUGACAUACUUCAGAGACAAGACUCUGGUCGAAGUGCGCGAGAUCACACUUACAUCCGGCAGCACGGAGCGAAUGUGGCUCCAGAGAGUAAAGACCGAACUCGAAUGUUACAACGCGGGAGACUUAGUUACACCUGUAUUCUCCGGAUCAGCUGGCAAUGAGGUGUAUUGCUUGAGAUGCCAGACCAUAAGUCAACGUCCCAAGCUCGACUUUCGCAUACCUCGUCAUCACGCCAAGGAUUCACAUUCUAGAUUCAUGCACGACGCGAGACAGCACACGAGACUAAUCGCAAAUCUUGAAUUCGAGGAAAUUCCAACGCUAAUCGAAUUCCAUAUCGCCGUGAAACCCAGCGCUAAGCUCCCCAUUCUUUCGAUGUAUGGAAGAAGUCAACCCAUCAUCCCUCCCUUCCAACCCCACCCGCAAACUCCACAACAGCACGAACGCCUUCGACAGUCAAAUACCGUCCCGCCUCACCCUCUUGCAACUGACUCUCCACAAACCCCUUCACUUUCUCCCGAUAUUCAGACUUUCCCUCCCCUCACCUUUAAUCCACCAUCGAGAUCAAUCACCACACUUCUGAAAAGGCGCGGAACGAUCCCCAGAACGAAUCGUCUCGUCAAAGGGACUCGCGUCUCGCCGAAGAUGUCUAACCACUUCUCGUCCAAGGUGAGGGUUUGGUGGCGUCCUGGCGAUGGCGGGUACGGGCUGUCCACUGAGAGGGUAAGAGGAUCCCUUUUGUUCUUUGAUCUCAUUGCGGAUCUCGGCGGGCAGUCUUUGAUUUCUUGCGCCGUCGCUCGCCAUUCGCAUUUGGCGAUUUCUUGCGUUUCUUGGCCAUCGUGGCGCGCUGUGGGAACUUUAGUGAUCGACUUGAAGUUUGGCCGUGAAAGGCUUACGCUUUUGAUGUUUGUUAUGGCGACAGAAACCCGGCAUGCAGAGCAGUUGCAUGCACGCAGCAGCCGCUAUGUGAUAGGACUUUCCUACCAUAUAUUUACAUGCGCCUUGUCGCUUCGAAUGCCGCCUGAGAAUUUCGACAUCAGAAGAUUCCUUGUGUAA